GAGAAAUAUAUAAAUUUCUUCUAAUUAUUUGAGGGAUAUAUCUUUUUCACUACCAAACCCAGUGAAGAAAGAGGGAGGCAGAGCAGAAUCGUGAGAUUGUGAAGGGAAAUGAUCGAAAGAGCGCGCACUGUAUCAUUUGAUGGAAAUCGAAUCUAGUAAUCAGCCCAAGCAAGAGCGUUCGAGGACAAGAUGGACAGCAUCACUUGACAAGAUAUUUGCAGACUUGGUUGUCAAGCACAUCCAACUAGGAAACAGACCAAACGAUGUUUUUGACAAGAAAACAUGGAAUCACAUUCGUGACGACUUCAAUAAGCAAACCGACCUCAAUUUCAAUAACAAUCAAUUGAGGAAGCAUCUAGACGUUCUCCGAACACGCUUCCAUAAUCUGAAAUCUGCUUAUGAUCAAAAUAACGGCUUUGUAAUAGAUGAUUCCUGUUGCAUUGGCUUUGAACUGUGGGAAGACACAGGGGCACAACCUAGACCUGAAAUAGUUAAAGUGAAAGAUUGUCCCAUAUAUGAGCAGCUGUGCACAAUAUUCUCAGAUUCAGCUGCAGUGCCAGAUGGGAAAUAUGCCCAAUCUAGUCAUUAUGAAGUGGAUGCCACUAGCUUAAUUUCAUGUUCAGAAGCUGGGGUCUCAAAUCAUCAAUACCCAUCAUCAUCAAAACCCAUCUUAACUGCAGAGAAUGUAACUAAGAAUUCUCUUGAUAGGAAAAAGAAACGUCCAUCUGAGAUGCAAACAACUAGUCUCGAUCAAGACAGCUGUGAUGCUAUGGCAGAGGCCUUGUUAGAGAUGGUUGGUGCUUAUAGGUUAAGGACAAUUGUUUCAACUGUAGGUGAUGAUAAAUUUUCCGUAACCAAUUGCAUUAGGGCACUUGAUGAGGUAGAUGGCAUCAACGAACAGCUCUACUUUUCUGCAUUGGAGCUCUUUGAGGAUCCUAGUUUAAGAGAGAUAUUCAUUUCUUUAAAAUGUGACAAGAUACGACUGGCUUGGUUACAAGGUAAGUGUGGUAGGAGGAACAUUCCUUAGAUGUAGGCCCUUUUUAGCUCAGUUGUAUUUACUAAGCCUAAUGACGUUUAUUUAUGAUAAUCUCUUUGGCUAGAUGUAGUCCUUUUUAAAUUGCCGCUGUUUUUUUUGUUUUUAAGUGCUAUCUCAUGUGGACAUUGUGCCGAUAGCUUUUUCUCUGGAAGCGGUUUGCAAAUAAUUCAUAAACUUUUAUCUUUUGUUACCA